AUGUUAUUAAAUAUAAAAAGUGUCUUAUGGAUGUGCUCUACCUUAGUUGUAACAUAUGCACUGCAUAAAGUUAAAGUGGAAAAAAGCCCCCCUGUAAAGGGUUCCCUUUCUGGAAGAGCAACCCUACCUUGCUUCUUUUCAACCUUGCCUACUUUACCCCCCAGCUACAACAAUACAAGUGAAUUUCUUCGAAUCAAAUGGUCAAAGGUUGAACAGGAUAAAACCGGAAAAGAUGUGAAAGAAACCACUGUUCUGGUGGCCCAAAAUGGGAACAUCAAAAUAGGGCAAGGCUACAAAGGCAGAGUGUCUGUUCCAACCCACCCGGAGGAUAUUGGAGAUGCUUCGCUGACUAUGGUUAAACUACGUGCAAGCGAUGCGGGUGUGUACCGCUGUGAUGUCAUGUAUGGAAUUGAAGACACCCAAGAUGUCAUCUCUUUGGCUGUUGAUGGUGUUGUGUUUCACUAUCGUGCCGCAACCAGUAGAUAUACCCUGAAUUUUCAGCAUGCUCAGCAGGCUUGUUUGAACAAUGGUGCUGUCAUAGCAAACCCUGAUCAGCUGAAAGCUGCAUAUGAAGAUGGAUUUGAGCAAUGCGAUGCUGGUUGGUUGUCUGACCAAACUGUUAGAUAUCCAAUCAGGCAACCCAGAGUUGGCUGCUAUGGAGAUAAAAUGGGAAAGGAAGGAGUUAGAACAUAUGGAUUCCGUCUUCCCAAUGAAACUUAUGAUGUAUAUUGCUACGUGGAUCACUUGGAAGGUGAUGUGUUCCAUGUGACACUGCCCAACAAGCUAACCUUUGAAGAAGCUAAGAAGCAGUGUGUGAAAAGGGAUGCAGUUCUUGCUACAGUUGGGGACCUGCAUGCUGCCUGGAGGAAUGGCUUUGACCAAUGUGACUAUGGCUGGCUGGCUGACGGCAGCGUGCGUUAUCCUGUGUCUGUGGCUAGAAUCCAGUGUGGAGGAGGUUUACUUGGGGUGAGAACCCUGUAUCGCUAUGAGAACCAAACAGGCUUCCCCGACCCACAUAGCAAGUUUGAUGCCUACUGCUUUAAACGUCAAGAUCCCUGCAAAAGUAAUCCCUGCCUUCAUGGGGGCACCUGUUAUCCACGUGGCUCUUACUACAUCUGCACAUGUAUGCCAGGUUUCAGUGGCGAGCAGUGUGAAUUGGAUGUUGAUGAAUGCCAGUCCAAUCCUUGCCGGAAUGGAGCCACAUGUAUUGAUGGUCUCAAUCUAUUUACUUGUCUCUGUCUGCCAAGUUAUGCAGGUGCUCUUUGCGAACAAGAUACAGAGACUUGUGAUUACGGUUGGCACAAGUUCCAAGGACAAUGCUACAAAUACUUUGCCCAUCGCCGCACAUGGGAUGCAGCUGAAAGAGAAUGUCGUCUCCAGGGAGCCCACCUGACAAGCAUCUUGUCUCAUGAAGAGCAGAUAUUUGUGAACCGUGUCGGGCAUGACUACCAGUGGAUUGGCCUCAAUGAUAAGAUGUUUGAGCAUGACUUCCGCUGGACUGAUGGCAGCACACUGCAAUAUGAAAACUGGCGACCUAACCAGCCAGACAGUUUCUUUUCUGCUGGAGAAGACUGUGUUGUUAUAAUUUGGCAUGAGAAUGGCCAAUGGAAUGAUGUGCCAUGCAAUUACCACCUCACAUAUACCUGCAAGAAAGGAACAGUUGCCUGUGGUCAGCCUCCUGUUGUAGAAAAUGCAAAGACUUUUGGGAAGAUGAAGCCUCGCUAUGAAAUCAACUCCCUGAUUAGAUACCAUUGCAAAGAUGGUUUCAUCCAGCGCCAUAUUCCAACUAUCCGGUGUCAAGGGAAUGGAAGAUGGGAUAUGCCUAAAAUCACCUGCAUGAAUCCAUCCACAUUCCAAAGGACUUAUUCUAAGAAAUAUUACUAUAAACAUCCUUCCCCAGGAAAGGGAACUUUGUUAAAUUCAUCAAAACAUUAUCACCGCUGGAUCAGGACGUGGCAGGAUUCAAGGCGCUGA